ACCUCCCUUUCACCCUCUCCCUCUUGCUCUUUUCUUUACAAAUACUUCUCCAUUUUGCCUUGAGCACCGAACAUUUGCCCUUCCAGCUUCCACGUUAUCGCCGUUUUCCAUCAAUCUUGCUGCUGUUCCUCUGUUCCUUUUCAUGUUUGGGGGACUCUGAGAUAUGGAUCUUCAACUUGGUCUAGCUCUCCCAAUUCACCACCCUGCCAUAGGGUCUGAGCCAAAUGAUCAAGAAGGCUUACACAAGAAGUGGGUCAACAGCAAAAGGUGUCAUGGAGAGGCAUUUGGAGAACGCUCCUCACGGAAAUCGCAGUCGUUGGCGUGGAGCGGCCGGCCUAACGAGGACGACGACCCGAGCGAGAGGCGCAGCAAGCUUUCUUGUUCUAUGAACAAGUUUAGGUAUAGAGAAGGAGCUGAGGGCGAUGAUCAAGUUGUGGGGUGGCCACCCAUCAAGUCCUGGAGGAAGAAAUUCAUGCACGGGCUGCAGCGUCCACCGCGCCGAGAUCUUUACCAUAAUGUCCGUCCGGCCGAGAAAGAAGACGGAAAACCCGGUCAUAACACGUUCGUGAAGGUGAAGAUGGAAGGAGUGGCCAUAGUAAGGAAGAUCGACUUGCGGAUCUACCAGUCUUACAACAGUCUUAAAGGCGCCCUGAUCGCCAUGUUCUCGAGAUACAACAGAGAUGACUUCAAAGAUCAUGCCAGCUACACUCUAACUUACCAGGACAAGGAAGGAGACUGGCUCUUGGCUGGAGAUCUUCCAUGGCUGAACUUUGUGGAGUCGGUACGUCGCCUGGAGAUACAAAGGAGUAGAGAUGGAAACCAGAUUCGUGCAGGCCAAAACCAUACCAUGUCGAGCUCGAACAUCCUCCGUCCCUACUGAGUUUGCACCAGUAUCCAGCAGAAAUACAUCUUUGAUAUGUCAAUUUGAUUGAAUAAGAUGAUUGUACGAAAUUGUUACAGUCUAAGUUAGCUUGCUUACCAGCCGUCUGAAAAUUCUUCGUUCCUCCAUGUAAUGUGACUUCUUGAUUUAUAGCC